CCACAUGGUAACUCACACGGGAGAGAAAGCCUUCAGCUGCUCUGAGUGUGGGAGAAGAUUUGGCCGUAGGACACAUCUGAGGAGUCACAUGAUAACUCAUACAGGAGAGAAACCUUUCAGCUGCUCAGUUUGUGACCAAAGAUUUGGCCACAAGACAAAUCUGCAGACACACAUGAGGACUCACACAGGAGAGAAAGCUUUUAGCUGCUCAGUCUGUAAGAAAUCUUUUACACAGAGUAGCCAUUUAAAAUAUCACAUGAAACAACACACGGGAGAUAAACCUUUCAGUUGUUCAGUUUGUAGGAAAUCUUUUACACUGAGUGGAAGUUUAAAGUUGCACAUGAUAACUCACACAGGAGAAAAAGCUUUCAGCUGCUCUGAGUGUGGAAGAAAAUUUGGUCAAAGGGGACAUCUGAAGACCCAUAUGAGAACUCACACAGGAGAGAAAACGUUCAGCUGCUCUGAGUGUGGGAAAAGAUUUGGCCAAAGGGGACAUCUGAAGACACACAUGAUAACUCACACUGGAGAGAAACCUUUCAGCUGCUCUGUAUGUAAAAAAUCUUUCACAGACAGAGGAAAUAUAAAUACUCACAUGCGAAUCCACACAGGAGAAAAACCUUUCAGCUGCUCAGUAUGUAAGAAAUCUUUUACAGAUAGAGGAAGUAUAAAAUCACAUAUGAGAAUCCACACAGGAGAGAAACCUUUUAUUUGCUCUGAGUGUGGAAAAGGAUUCAAACACAGCUCAAAUCUGAAGAGACACAUGACAACUCACACAGGAGAGAAACCUUUCAGCUGCUCAGUUUGUAAGGAAUCUUUUAGACUGAGAAGCCACUUAAAACAUCACUUGAAACAACACACAGGAGAGAAACCAUCUACUUCUUGUGUUAGUGACAUCAGAAAGCAGCAGGAGUGGAGCUCCAGUGUGGACCAGGAGCAGCCAGAGAAUCUCAGCCAGAUUGGAACUCUCUGAACCAUAGAAAUAAAAUAGAUAGAAAGGCCAUUUCCAUUCAAAUCAACACAGCACAAUGGUCAGAGUGGUAGACAUUUUUAUGUGUACCAACUUCAGCAUAAGCCAACUUCCGGCAAGUCGCAGAGCUGAGGCAAAAUGAGUCAAAUUAAUUUCAUGCGUCAUCCAUUUCAUUGUGUACU